UUUUUAGUUAUGUUUUAUUGCACUCUUGCACUGCAGUCUGUUGCUUUCUAUACGUUUUCAGAGCAGGACCUUCAAUACAGCUGUGUCUGUAAACUAACAUCUUAUUUUAAAGAUGGAACUGGAGGGAUCUGACAGAGCGGAGUCUCAAACAUCUUACAAUAAAAUUCUGGAGCAACGAUGGAGGAAAGUGCAACAACAGCGACUGCAUUUACCAAUGCCAAUUGGUUUCCUGCAAAGUGGCAGCUCCAUGGCUGUGUCACAAGCAGUGGAAGCUUACAGGCGGAACAAAGAUAGGGGGAGAGUUGUGCGCAGCCCAUCACCAGAGCCCCAAUUUCCUUCUACUAUGCAAAGUGAGGAUAGGAAGCAAAGGAUGAACUACAUAUUCCUGAAGCAAUGUGUAGAAAGCCGGCCAGUAAUUCCAAUCCCGCAGCAGUGGUUGAAAUCCAUUGAUGGUAAAAUCCCUCCUAAACAUAAAGACAAUAUUCAGAAAAGCAAACUCCUGCAGGAGCUCCUCUGCGAAGUCACCGACAAUUUUCAUGAUGUUAUCGUCAAGCACACAGUGAACACAUUCUUAAAGAAUCCAGAGUGUGAAGACACUACCUCAGAAAAACAGCAAUCCCUCCCACUGGACAUUCUUGAAUUUUCCCCAACACGGCACGAGACAUUUAUUGCAAACCGGAACUUUAUGACGGAACAUUUGCACAUUCUACAUCCAAUUAUGCAAACUGUCUUGGAUAUUGGCUACACAACCUUUUCUUCAAUGGUUUUGGUGGAUAUUUCAGGAUAUAGGUCUUUGGGGCCUGUUGAUUGCAAGGUGCUACAUAAAGACCUGGCUGAAGAAUGUGAGGCGACAGAAGAGAGCAUCAUGGAUACCUGGUUCCCUAAAGUCAUCAAUUUACUAACAAGUCCAAAAACAUUGGGAUCAGUUAAAGAAGAAUCACUGGAUGCCUUCUUUGACUGCGCAUGCACCCUAAUCUCUAAUCAGUUGAAAGCAGUUCUUGAGAGGAGUGUAGAGAAGUUUGUUUACCCAUUUGAGCCAAGCAACUACCACUUUUUGCCCAUCUUUCAAAUGGCGCUGACAUUUAAUGAAGAAAAGAUGGAAAUAUGCCCAACCCUACAGGAACUUGAAAAAGAUAUUUUUGAAAUCCUUAAUGCCAUUACAAGUACAUUGCAGAAAGUUCAGACUGUUCAGUCAUGGCUGGCAGAGUCUACAUCUGCAUUUGUGGAUGCCAAGGCCCCUGAUCACACGCUUGCUUGGGCUGAUUUUACUUUAAAAGCAACUGUUCGAAAGCAUCUGGAAGGACCUAACAAAUAUUUCCAGAAUUACGUUGACAACUAUAACUGGUUAGUCAAUGGAACUGCGCAGACUCGAGUUGAGACCUUUGUUGAAGAAACCCAUUCAUUUGCUGACUAUAUUCAGCAAGUGGAUGAAUUUCGUGACUUGUCAAGGAAGAUUGGCAACCUCCCAACAAAAGCUCACUUUGCAAUGGUCCAAUUAGAGUGCGAGGACCUGAAUCAGGGAUUGUCUAAAAAAUCUAAAGCCUGGGCUAAAAUACUUAUUGACACAAUGAAAAUCAAAUACAGUGAGCAAAAUCUACAGAUCUGCUGUGAUUUUGAAACCAUCCGCGAAAAUGCUUUGAAAGUACCAGAGACCACAGAUGACAUGGCCAACAUGAUUGAAUACAUUGAAUUAACUAAGACAAAGGGCAUUACACUUCUAAAGGAAAGAAUAAUGAAAGCCUACAACAGACUGAGCUACCUCUUAGAUGUCAACAUAUUUGAACCUGAGGAUCUAGAACUCAAUUCAACUGUGUUUACGUGGCCAUUGAAAAUUGGAGAGGUCUUUGAACUCAGCGAUGAGGUCUUUCAGACUGCCAAGAAAAACGGCGAGAAAGAGAUGCUUGCUAAAAGAGAAAGAGUAAUAGUACAUCUGGUGAAGCUGCAACGUAGGGUUGAUGAAUUCCCCCACUGCUCCGAGCUUAAUAUGAUGCAGCAGUAUAUGGCAGACAUCAAAACAGUUCAGACCCUUCUCCAAGAGGCUGAAGAAUCAAUUGAAGACAUUCACAAAGAUGAAGUCUUUCAUGAAUGGGAUCAAUCAUUGUACCCCCAAGUUGAGCUCAUUAGACAGAAUAUUGAGCCAUACCAGAAGUUGUUUGGGUUCAUACUUAAGUGGCAGCGCGUAGAGAGCAGCUGGAUGGAUGGUUCUUUCCUGGAACUAGAUGGUGAGGGAAUGGAAGUAAAGGUGGAUGAGUUUUUCAGAGAGAUCUUCAAGAUGCUGAAGUUUUUCCAGCAGAGAAAGAGCAAGGGUGAACAUGAAACAAAGAAGCCGACUCGGAGACGUCGUGGUGAAGAAGAAGUCAAAGAAGAGAGUCCUUCAGUUGUUUUGUGCUCCACUGUACUAGAGCAGGUCAAAGAGUUUAAGGCAUAUAUUCCCUUAUUGAUAGUCCUGUGUAAUCCGGGCAUCAGAGAUCGUCACUGGUCGCAGAUGUCAGACAUAGUUGGAUAUGACUUGACUCCUGAUGCGGGUACAACACUACGAAAAGUUCUCAAACAAAAUCUAAGUCCUUAUGUGGAUGAAUUUGAGUCAAUCAGUGCUGCUGCCAGUAAGGAAUUUUCCAUGGAGAAGGCCAUGCAUAACAUGGUUAUAUCCUGGGAUGGUGUUUCUCUGCAGCAUCAGCCAUACAGAGACACUGGUGUGUCAAUCCUGACUUCUUUGGAUGAAAUUCAGGCAAUGUUAGAUGAUCAAAUUGUGAAAACUCAGACAAUGAGGAACUCACCGUUCAUCAAGCCCCUUGAAAAUCAGAUCAAGGUUUGGGAGGAGCGUCUUCUUCGCAUCCAGGAAACCAUUGAUGAGUGGCUGAAGGUGCAGGCACAAUGGCUCUACCUUGAGCCCAUCUUCUGUUCUCAGGACAUAAUGCAGCAAAUUCCAGAAGAAGGAAGACUUUUCCAAAUUGUUGACAAAAACUGGAAGGAGGUCAUGAGGCACUGUGUUAAGGACUCAAAGAUUCUACAAGCAACCUCAAUGCCUGGCCUACUAGAGAAACUAAUAGAGUCCAACUGCCACUUGGAUACCAUCAUGAAGGGACUAAAUGACUAUCUAGAGAAAAAGCGUCUCUUUUUUCCAAGGUUUUUCUUUCUGUCCAAUGAUGAAAUGCUGGAAAUUCUUUCUGAGACAAAGGACCCACUGCGUGUACAACCCCAUCUGAGGAAGUGCUUUGAGGGUAUUGCCAAACUAGACUUCCUACCAAAUCUUGAUAUCCAGGCCAUGUACAGCAGUGAAGGAGAGCGGGUUGCGUUGAUUCAGCUCAUAUCUACAGCUGAGGCCAAGGGAUCAGUGGAGAAGUGGCUGGUACAAGUGGAAGAAUGGAUGAUUCGCAGUGUCAGGGAUGUAGUGGACCGCUCCAGAACGGCUUAUGCUGAAACUUCACGGAACCAGUGGGUUAAGGAGUGGCCCGGGCAGGUGGUGAUAUGUACUUCACAAAUGUUCUGGACCUUGGAGGUGCAUGAAGCCAUCAGAGCAGGGGCUGAAGGUGUGAAAAUCUACUAUAAGGACCUCCAGAAACAGCUUACUGAUAUUGUAGGUUUGGUGAGAGGAAAACUGCCCAAACAAACACGGAUUACUUUGGGAGCACUGGUGACUAUUGAUGUCCAUGCCAGGGAUGUAGUCAUGGAGCUCAUUGAAAACGGUGUGACCAAUGAAAGUGAUUUCCGAUGGCUUGCCCAACUUCGUUACUACUGGAACAACGACAAUGUUCGAGUUCGUAUUAUAAACUGUGAUGUUAAAUAUGCCUACGAGUACCUGGGGAACUCCUUUCGCCUGGUCAUCACCCCACUGACCGACAGAUGUUACAGAACUUUGAUUGGUGCUUUUUACCUCCACUUAGGUGGUGCACCCGAAGGCCCAGCUGGAACUGGAAAGACUGAAACCACCAAGGAUCUAGCCAAAGCCUUAGCUGUGCAAUGUGUGGUCUUCAACUGCUCAGAUGGACUGGAUUAUCUUGCUAUGGGAAAAUUUUUUAAAGGUUUGGCUUCAUCUGGAGCUUGGGCGUGCUUUGACGAGUUCAAUCGUAUUGAGCUUGAGGUCCUGUCGGUCGUGGCCCAGCAAGUACUGUGCAUCCAGCGAGCCAUUGAGUUGAAGAUGGAAUACUUUGACUUUGAAGGAACCAUGCUUAAACUCAAUCCCAACUGUUUUGUGUCCAUCACAAUGAACCCUGGUUAUGCAGGUCGUUCUGAACUACCUGACAAUCUCAAGGUGUUGUUUCGAACAGUGACCAUGAUGGUCCCCAACUAUGCAUUGAUAGCAGAGAUCUCUCUCUAUUCUUAUGGAUUCCUCAAUGCCAAGCCUCUGUCAGUCAAGAUUGCAAUGACUUACAGGCUUUGUUCAGAGCAACUCUCCUCACAGUUCCAUUAUGAUUACGGUAUGAGAGCUGUCAAAGCUGUACUUGUGGCUGCAGGAAACCUCAAACUCAAGUAUCCCGAUGACAAUGAGGACAUAUUGCUUCUGAGGUCUAUAAAGGAUGUUAACGAGCCCAAGUUUCUUUCUCAUGAUAUUCCACUUUUCAAUGGAAUUACCAGUGAUUUGUUUCCUGGCAUUUCCCUCCCUGAAGCUGACUAUGAGUUGUUUUUGGAAGCUGCUACAGAGUGCUGUACAAAACACAAUGUACAGUCAACACAGAUCUUCAUCGAAAAGAUGAUCCAAACAUAUGAGAUGAUGAUAGUCCGGCAUGGGUUUAUGCUGGUGGGAGAGUCAUUUUCAGGAAAGACCAAAGUACUUCAUGUUUUAGCUGACACAUUGAUUCUGAUGAACGAAAGAGGAUAUGGAGAGGAAGAAAAGGUCAUCUUCAGAACUUUGAAUCCAAAGUCCAUCACCAUGGGACAGCUGUUUGGACAGUUUGAUCUUGUUUCUCAUGAGUGGACAGAUGGGAUUGUGGCCAACACAUUUCGUGAGUAUGCAUCAUCUGAAACGCCAGAGCGUAAAUGGGUAGUGUUUGAUGGUCCCAUUGAUACACUGUGGAUUGAGAGUAUGAACACUGUGUUGGAUGACAACAAAAAGCUAUGUUUGAUGAGUGGAGAAAUUAUCCAGAUGUCCAAUCAGAUGAGUCUGAUUUUUGAAGCAAUGGAUCUGUCACAGGCCUCUCCUGCCACAGUCAGUCGAUGUGGUAUGAUCUACAUGGAACCAUCUCAGUUAGGCUGGGAGCCUUUAGUUACAUCUUGGCUGAACACACUUCCUGAGGUUCUGCAGAGUAUUCAUCAUCACAACCUGGUACGAGAACUAUUUUACUGGUUGAUGCCACCUUCCUUCAGGAUCGUGCGUAAAAAAUGCAAAGAAGUUGUCCCAACAACCAACUGGAACACAACAACAUCUUUAUGUAGACUGUUUGAGAUGCUGCUAAUUGAACCCCUUGAGACGGAGACAGGCGAUAAAAUUAUCCGUACCUGGAUCAUGGCAGCCUUUUCCUUUUCCUUGGUGUGGUCGGUGGGUGGCAGCUGUGACUCAAACAGCCGGGACAAGUUUAACGAGUUCCUCAGGGAUGUUGUGUGCGGAAGGAUAGAGGGUCACCCAAUUCCUGAAGUUGUGGGGAAAUGGGAAUGCCCAGUAGAUGAGAAAGGGCUAGUGUAUGAUUAUUUCUAUGAGUUUAAAGGAAAAGGCAAAUGGGUUCACUGGAAUGAUGCCAUCAAAAAUGUCAGCCUCGGAGACAAAAACACCAAAGUGCAGGACAUCAUUGUCCCAACCAUAGACUCAGUUCGCUACACCUUCUUGAUGGAAAUUUGUAUCAACCAUGGAGUGCCUUUGCUUUUGGCUGGACCGACUGGCACUGGAAAGUCAGUGUAUGUGAAGGAGAUGUUGAUGACCAGUUUGGACAGAGAUGUCUUUAUACCCCUCAUAAUCAAUUUUUCUGCCCGCACCACUGCUAACCAAACACAGAACAUCAUUAUGGCUAAAUUAGAUAAGAGACGGAAGGGUGUGUUUGGUCCCCCCAUGGGAAAGAAAUUUAUCAUAUUUAUAGAUGAUGUAAAUAUGCCAGCACUGGAACAAUUUGGAGCUCAGCCUCCUGUGGAGCUUCUUCGACAGUUUUUGGAUCACAAAAAGUGGUAUGACUUAAAAGAUACUUCCAGCAUCAAAUUAGUUGACAUCCAAAUUAUGUCAGCCAUGGGUCCUCCUGGUGGUGGAAGAAAUGCAGUGACAUCUCGCUUCCUGCGCCACUUCAACAUUUUCAGCAUCAAUUCUUUUAGUGAUGAGACUAUGGUCCGCAUCUUCUCCAGCAUGGUAGGGUUCUAUCUCAAAAACAACGAAUUUCCUCCAGAAUAUUUCACUGUUGGGACCCAAAUAGUGACAGCCACUAUGGAAGUUUACAAGAAAGCCAUGGAGAACUUGCUUCCGACGCCAGCAAAGUCUCACUACACGUUUAACCUGCGGGACUUCUCACGUGUUAUCCAAGGCUGCCUGCUGUUGAAAAGCAAAUCUCUGGAGAACAAACGCACAAUGAUUCGCUUGUUUGUCCAUGAAGUUUUCCGUGUUUUCUACGACCGUUUGGUGGAUGACAAGGACCGUGCUUGGUUCUAUCAGCUCAUGAACACCAUCCUUAAGGAUCACUUCAAGGAGGCAUUUAACCAAGUGUUUGAACACCUGAAACAAGGCACUAAAUUGGUGGAGCAAGACCUGCAGAAUUUAAUGUUUGGAGACUAUAUGAACCCUGACAUGGAGCCUGAUGAGCGCCUGUAUGCUGAAGUCACCUCCAUAGAGAGUUUUGCUGAGGUGGUGGAGGCAUGUCUCGUUGAAUACAACCAGAUGAAUAAGAGCCGCAUGAAUCUCGUAAUUUUCCGCUAUGUCUUGGAGCACCUGUCCCGUAUAAGCCGUGUGUUGAAGCAGCCAGGAGGGAAUGCCCUACUAGUAGGAGUGGGUGGCAGUGGACGCCAGUCCAUCACUCGAUUGGCCACAUUCAUCUCCCAGAUGACUCUCUUCCAGCCUGAGAUCUCAAAGAACUAUGGCAUGGUUGAGUGGAGAGAUGACCUCAAGAAACUGCUCAAGAGUGCUGGGGUGAAAGGUCAAAGAAUAGUUUUUUUGCUCACUGAUGCUCAGAUCAAAGAUGAAGCAUUUCUGGAAGAUAUAAACAGUGUCCUGAACACAGGAGAAGUGCCCAAUAUGUUUCCUAUGGAUGAGACACAGGAAAUCAUUGAGACAUUACGCCCCAUUGCCCAAGGGAGGAAUAGGAGUGUAGAGUUGAGCCCUUUGACUCUGUUCUCCUUCUUUGUGGCACGCUGCAAAGAGAACCUUCAUAUUAUUGUGGCCUUCAGUCCAAUUGGUGAAGCCUUUCGUAAUCGCCUGCGACAAUUUCCUUCUCUUAUUAACUGUUGCACCAUUAAUUGGUUCCAGCCUUGGCCAGAGGAGGCUCUACAGCGGGUAGCCAUCUCUUUCCUGAAGCCGCUGGAGAUGAAAGAAGAUGAGCAAAAGGAAGUGGUACCAAUAUGCAAAACUUUCCACACCUCUGCGAGUCAGCUUUCACACAGAUUCCUUACUGAGCUUGGUCGCCAUAAUUAUGUUACUCCCACAUCCUAUCUGGAGCUGAUGGCAGCUUUCAGUCAGCUCCUUACUAAGAAAAGAGAUGCAGUCAUGAAGGCAAAAAGGAGAUACACUAAUGGUCUGGAAAAACUAGCAUUUGCAGAAUCUCAGGUUGGUGAGAUGAAAGUGGAGCUGAUAGAAUUGCAGCCCAAACUAAAAGAGGCACAGAUUGAAAAUGAGAGGAUGAUGAAGGUGAUUGCAGUAGAGUCCGUGGAGGUGGAAGCUACAAGUAAACUUGUGCGUGUAGAAGAGGAGGCCACAGCUAUCCAAGCUGCAGGGGCUCAAGCUCUAAAGGAUGAGUGUGACAGUGAAUUAGCUGAGGCCAUUCCUGCCCUGCAGGAGGCAACCGCAGCCUUGAACACCUUAAAGCCUGCUGACAUCACAGUUGUGAAGUCCAUGAAAAACCCUCCCUCAGGAGUGAAACUAGUGAUGUCAGCCGUGUGCGUCAUGAUGGGAAAAACACCUGAUAAGAUCGCGGAUCCAGCUGGGUCUGGAAAAAAAGUUCUUGACUACUGGGGUCCGAGCAAGAAGCUACUGGGUGACAUGAACUUUUUACGUGAUCUUAGAGAAUACGACAAGGAUAAUAUUGCUGACAGUGCUAUCCAAAUAAUCCGUGCUACCUACAUGACCAAUCCUGACUUUAAUCCUACUCAAGUGGCAAAAGCUUCCUCUGCAGCGGAGGGCCUAUGCAAGUGGAUCAAAGCAAUGGAGUCAUAUGACAGGGUGGUGAAGAUUGUCGCUCCCAAAAAGGCCAAACAAGCCGAGGCCCAGGAGACCCUGGCUUCUGCCAUGGCCACGCUAUCAGAGAAGAGAGCCAAACUGAAGGAGGUUGAAGACCGUUUGGAUGACCUUAAAAGAACGUCUGAGGAAAAAACAGAGGAGAAAGCCAAACUGGAAGCCCAGAGAGAUUUGUGUCAAAGGAAGUUAGAGCGAGCUGAGAAACUCAUUGGUGGUCUGGGUGGAGAAAAAACAAGAUGGUCGAAAGCUGCUGAUGAUCUGCAAAACACAUAUGACAACCUUACUGGAGACGUCCUUAUUUCUGCUGGUGUUAUGGCCUACCUGGGCGCUUUUACUGCCAGUUUCAGACAGGACUGCACCAGUAACUGGAUCAAGCUGUGUCAAUCUAGGAAGAUACCAUCAUCAGAUGAUUUCUCUCUUAGUAAGACCCUGGGAGAUCCCAUUAAGAUUAGGGCGUGGAACAUUGCUGGUCUUCCCACUGACUCUUUCUCCAUUGACAAUGGUGUCAUUACCAGUAAUUCCCGCCGAUGGCCGCUGAUGAUUGACCCUCAGGGCCAGGCCAACAAAUGGGUGAAGAAUUCAGAAAAAGAAAACAAGUUGAAUGUUAUCAAAUUGACGGAUGAUGACUACAUGAGAACUUUAGAAAACUGUAUUCAAUUUGGAAGCCCAUUGCUGCUAGAAAAUGUACUAGAAGAAUUGGACCCAUCACUGGAACCAUUACUCCUCAAACAAACUUUCAAGCAAGGUGGUGUGGAAUGCAUCAAACUGGGGGAAAGCGUGAUUGAGUACUCCCAUGAUUUCCGCUUUUACAUCACCACUAAACUGAGGAAUCCUCAUUAUCUACCUGAACUGGCCACCAAGGUUUCUUUGCUCAAUUUUAUGAUCACCCCAGAAGGUUUAGAAGACCAACUGCUGGGGAUUGUGGUUGCCAAAGAAAGACCCGAGCUUGAAGAAGAGAGAAAUGCACUAAUUCUGCAGUCAGCUGCAAAUAACAGGCAAUUAAAGGAAACUGAAGACAAGAUCCUUGAGACACUUUCGUCCUCCGAGGGAAAUAUUCUGGAAGAUGAGAGCGCUAUUCAGAUUCUAGACUCUGCAAAGAUCAUGUCCAACGAGAUUUCCAAGAAACAAAAGAUUGCAGAAGAGACUGAGAUUAAGAUAGCAGAGUCCAGAGAGUGUUACAGAUCCAUUGCCAAGCACUCCUCCGUCUUGUUCUUCACCAUUGCUGACCUGACCAACAUAGACCCAAUGUAUCAAUACUCUCUCACCUGGUUUGUUAACCUGUAUACAAACUCUAUCCAAGACAGUAAAAAGUCCAAGAUCCUGGAAAAGAGACUCCUGUACUUGAUUGAUUACUUCACCUAUAAUUUAUUUUGCAACGUAUGUCGAUCACUGUUUGAAAAGGAUAAACUCCUCUUCUCCUUUAUCCUCUGCUGCAAUCUACUUCUGGAAAAACAGGAGAUUGAGUACACUGAUUUAAUCUUUUUGAUGACGGGAGGCGUGGGUCUGCAGAAUACCCUUGCUAAUCCCGAUCCAAGCUGGUUGCAGGACAAGAGCUGGGAUGAGAUUUGCCGAGCCAACGAGCUUCCUGGCUUAAAAGGAAUUAAAAAUGCUUUCAUUGAGGGUGCAGAACUUUUCAAGCCAAUUUUUGACAGCAAAGAGCCUAGCAACAUCCCGGUGCCUCCACCUUGGUGUGAUAAACUUAAUGAACUGCAUAAGAUGAUCAUCAUCCGCUGUCUCAGGCCAGAUAAGAUUGUGCCAGCUGUAAACAAAUUUGUUGUAGCUAAACUUGGGAAAAAUUUUGUUCAGCCCCCUCCCUUUGACUUAAGUAAGAGCUAUCUGGACUCCAACUCCACCAUCCCACUGGUGUUUGUGCUCUCUCCUGGUGCUGAUCCCAUGGCGAGCUUACUGAAGUUUGCAGGUGACAAGGACAUGGCUGGUAGCAAGUUCCAGUCUAUUUCUCUGGGGCAGGGCCAAGGACCCAUUGCUUUUAAAAUGAUAUGCACAGCUAUGCAGGAUGGGACAUGGGUGUGUUUGCAGAAUUGUCACCUGGCAGUGUCCUGGAUGUCCACCCUAGAAAAGAUCUGUGAGGACUUUAGUCCUGCGAUAUGCCACCAAGACUUCCGACUUUGGCUGACAAGCUACCCUUCGCCAAAGUUUCCAGUGACCCUACUGCAAAAUGGAGUAAAAAUGACAAAUGAACCUCCGACAGGACUUCGACUAAACAUACUGCAGUCGUACAUGUCGGAUCCUGUUAGUGACCAAACAUUUUUCAACAACUGUCCUAAUAAGGAACUGAUUUGGGAAAAGCUCUUGUAUGGGCUGUGCUUCUUCCAUGCGCUUGUUCAGGAGAGGAGGACGUUUGGUCCACUAGGCUGGAAUAUUCCUUAUGGCUUCAAUGAAACUGACCUUCACAUAAGUAUCAGACAGCUACAGUUGUUUAUCAACGAAUAUGAUGAGGUGCCCUUCGAGGCCAUAACGUAUCUGACGGGAGAAUGCAACUAUGGAGGCCGCGUGACAGACAACUGGGAUCGGCGCCUCCUGAACACAAUGUUGGCUGACUUCUACAACAAGGAUGUGGUGGACAAACCCUCUUAUCCUUUCUCACCGAGUGGUGACUAUGUUACACCUCCCAAAUCAACCUAUGGAGAAUACUUGCGUUUUAUCAAGGAGCUUCCAAUCAGCCAGCACCCAGAAAUAUUUGGGAUGAAUGAAAAUGUGGACAUUUCUAAGGAUCUGCAGGGGACCAGGGUGCUGUUUGAUUCACUGCUGCUCACUCAAGGAGGGGGCUCUAAAGGAGGGGGUGGCUCUGGGAGUGACAACGCACUGUAUGACAUUGCCAAUGAUGUUCUCACUAAGCUUCCAAAUAAUUAUGACCUUGAAGCAGCUCUCUUGAAGUACCCGGUCCUUUACAAGGAGAGCAUGAACACUGUGCUUGUCCAAGAAAUGGAGCGCUACAACACGCUGUCUAGUGCGAUCCGUGUCAGUCUUCAGAAUUUGCUGAAGGCCCUCAAAGGUUUAGUGGUGAUGGAUGCAGAGCUGGAGGGAAUUGCAAAUAGUUUAAUAGUGGGCAAAGUCCCAGAAAAAUGGGCCAAACGCUCGUACCCGAGUCUCAAGCCUCUGGGCAGCUACGUUAACGACUUUUUGACAAGGCUCAAGUUUUUGCAGGAUUGGUAUAAUUCUGGUAAGCCCUGUGUGUUCUGGCUGCCAGGCUUCUUCUUCACCCAGGCCUUCUUAACCGGGGCUACACAGAACUAUGCCAGGAAAUAUAACAUUCCGAUUGACGAGCUGGGCUUUGACUUUGAGGUUCUUCCAAUAAAUGAUUCAGAAACGGCUCCUGAAGAUGGAGUCUACAUUAAUGGAUUGUUUCUUGAUGGAGCUCGAUGGGACAAAGAAAGUGGAGCUUUAGCUGAGCAAUGUCCCAAAAUCCUAUUUGUGUCGAUGCCCAUUAUCUGGAUAAAACCAACUAGAGACAUCCCAGAUGAAUUUGACGGUCGCUAUCUUUCUCCUCUCUACAAGACCAGCGAGAGGAGGGGAACCCUUUCUACGACAGGACAUUCCACAAAUUUUGUCGUUCCUAUAAUUUUGCCCACCAUCAAGAGCCCUCAACACUGGAUCAAACGUGGUGUAGCGCUACUGUGUCAGCUUGAUGACUGACACCAUCACCAUAAAGCUGAUUCUAAAAGUUAUGCAUUUUGUGAUUGCAGCCAUUGUAUCAUAUGGUUAUGGUUAUGGUGUUGGUUUAUUUCAGACAUACAUACAGAUACAGUGUGAUGCAUCACAUAUUUCCAAUUUCUCAUUAUAACAUGUUUGAAAAGGAGUCGGAAGAAGCAGAGCUUCUUUAAUCUUACCCCUUUUCUGUUUCAUUAUUAUUUAUCUGUUUCAUUAUUUCCAACCCGUAUUGGUUAACUUCCUGUGCCCAAUCUGUAACAUAAACACAUGAAUAAAUAAAGUACUCAAUGUAUUUA